AUUUGUGCGCUGGUUCCACUAGUGUGACUGUAAAACAGCGCAGACUGCAUUGUACUGAAGACGUUUAAUGAAGAUUUACAGCGGGAGUAACAUCGCGAUGCUUUUCAUCCGUUUGUGUGGCUGUUGGAUAAACAAAAUAUAUACUUUUAGUGUAAAUUAAGCAAAGACCAAGACGUUGCUGCAGAAAAGAGAAAACUGUGUUUCUUUCGUCAGCAGAUGUGUCGUGUUCCGUUCGCAUAUAUGUUAUGAUUUUGAAGUAAUGCGAUGUUUGGCUCGAGCGGUAGAAUAGCUGUGUCGCUGAUUGUGGCGCUCGUCAGUGUGUUUAUUUUCUGUGAAUAUGUGAUUUAUUUUCCUGUUAUUUUGCAAUGCGCUUGGCCUCACAUCGAGACUGAUUCAGAUUCUGCUGUCCGGGCAUUAUUUAUAUCUGAUACUCAUUUACUAGGGGCCAUCAGAGGACACUGGCUCGACAAACUCAGAAGAGAGUGGCAGAUGGAAAGAGCAUUCCAGACGUCUUUGUGGCUUCUAAAACCUAAAGUUGUCUUCAUUUUAGGAGAUGUGUUUGAUGAGGGCAAGUGGAGCUCAGCUGAGGACUGGGAAGAUGACGUCAGGCGUUUUAAAUGGAUCUUCCGCCAUCCCAGGGACACAGAGCUUGUGGUUCUUAUCGGGAAUCAUGACAUCGGCUUCCAUUACGAAAUGACACUGCAGAAGUUGGAGCGGUUUGAGCGAGUGUUUAAUAUGACAUCAGCUCGGAUCCUCACCAUUAGUGGAGUCAAUUUUUUGAUGGUGAACAGCGUUGCAUUGCAUGGUGAUCACUGCCCCAUUUGCCAUCGUGUAGAGCGUCAAUUACACAAACUCUCAAACUCUCUUAACUGCUCCAUUCAGGGCGCACAACAUGAUGGCCAGUGCAAGAAUGCAGAAAGGUUUGCCCCAACAGCACCUGUUCUACUACAGCAUUACCCUUUGUAUAGAGAGAGCGAUGCCAUGUGUACAGGUGUAGACGCAGCCCCUUUGAAUGAACGACAUCGGCUGUUUCAGGAGCGAUAUGAUGUCAUUUCUCAGGAUGCCUCCAAAAAACUCCUGUGGUGGUUCAAGCCCCGUCUCAUUCUGAGUGGCCACACCCACAGCGGCUGUGAGAUUCUGCAUGAGCAGCAAUACCUCGAGAUCAGUGUCCCAUCUUUCAGCUGGCGGAACCGCAACAACCCCAGCUUCAUCCUGGGCACGUUCUCCAGGUUUGACUUCAGCUUGUCGAAAUGUUUUCUGCCAGAGGAGAGGAGUGUACUGACUCUGUACUGCUGCAGCACUCUGAUCAUCACACUGAUAACACUCACACAGUUCCGUCUGUUCACAAGAGCAUUGCAGCUGACAAAUAGCAUACUGGGAAAGCACAAGACUUUGUGACCACUGGUGUAGCUACUACAUUGUCACAUAACCCUGUUCCCCUAACAACCAAUCGCUUACUGGCCUCAUAUGAACCGCUAACAUCAGAGUCUGUCUGGAGGGAUAACGUUAACGCCAAAGCUUUCAAAACAACAGCAGCUCAAAAAAUAAAACCAGAUUGCUCUCACAAAGCUACUGUAAAACACCCGAUGCAACAAUGAGACAUGCAUUCUGUUGAUGGGCAUCCCAUAUCAUGCUGCUGCUUACAACCACUUUUUUUUUUCUUGUCUAAUAAAAUAUGUUACAAAUGUCAUAUUUGUGAAUUGAUCACUAUCAUUUAAUUUGUUUAUAUUUAAAAACUCCAGCUUCAUAAUUUUCUUUGUUCGUCUAAAAUAAAAUGAUGUCCAAAUAACAUAUGCGUGACUUUAUUGCUAUGAAUUUUAUUUGUCGCUUUGUAGCUCUCCCCUGCUUUAACAAAUGUACAGUUGUGACGCAGUGACAUAAGAUAUUAAAAACAAAAUGUACUAGUCAUUAGUAAUUUUUCUGGCAGUAAACCAUAGUAGAGACAUAGGGACAAUACACAAGCCAUUUCCGUCAUUUUCAUCCAUCCAAAUAUGCAUGUUUUGCUGGAAAAAAAGAUGACCAAAUGGUUCAUUCUGUUUUCAAAUUUACCAAAAAUUUGGACCUAACUGGAAAUAAUCAAAUCUGAAUAUAUACUUGUAAUUCUAAAUAAAUAAAUAUAAAUCAGAUUUUAUAGUAUAUAGCCCCUGGAAACAAAUAGCUAAAUGUUAAAAACUAUUUACUAAACAAUACUAAUUAUCAAUUGCGUGAGAUCUAUACAUUUGUUUAAUUUAAUUUGGCCCACACACCCAAAAGUUUCUGGCUUCGCUACAAUUUGUGACCCUGAGUACAGUUUUUUCACUGAAUGAUCCACCACAGCUCAUCUGCUGAGCUUCAGUGAUUUUACUGGUUAAAUGGACUGGUCACUAAGGCUUUCAUUCUUAAUUCUAAAUCAACACUCAACAAUAAGGCCAGUGUGUGAGAUACUAUAUAUGCCAUUUCUUUCUAUAAAUGUGUGUGAAAUUAUUGGUAUGUUGGAGUUACAGUACAUACAUAUAUAUAUUUCUUUUCUGGCACAUUUUCUUUUCUGACACAUAAAAAUCAACUGUGGUGGGGCCACCCAGCUAGCAGAAAAAAAGAAGAGCACUGCAAAUAAUUUUUUCAGACUUUGUAAAUGUGACAUUUU